CUAAAACAGAUGAGAUGUAGGUCUUCUUUCUUCUAGGCCUCUACACAAUACAUACAUAACAAAGUACAAGAUACUUAGAUAAAAUUUCAAUGGAGCAACCAGUAACUGAAAAAAGUAAUAUACUCUCUCAGAGCAUUGAUAUUGCUUCUUCCAAAGAAAUAAUUUCCAUCCUAUAUGCCUGUGAUCAAGAAAUUUUUAAUGGAUGGGAUGGUGGCAAAGGAGUCAAUAAUGAAACAGUUGUGGAGAAGAUGCACAAGGUUGCAAACAAGAUUUCCCAAACAAUUGAGAAUCCUAAAGGUGCUGUUGUCAUUAGUGGGUGUGGCACAUCUGGGAGGAUAGCUUUUUUAACAGCAAGAACUUUCAACAAAUAUUUGAAAAUGAAAGGCAAGAAUCCCUGUUUUCAUUACAUAAUAGCAGGAAGUGAUAGGGCCCUCUUUACAUCAAUAGAACUUGCUGAGGAUGAUCCGUUUAUUGGUGCUAAAACACUAAAAGAGGUUACUGAAGAUAAAACUGAAGUUGUUUACAUUGGAGUGACCUGUGGUUUCUCAGCCCCUUUUGUUGCUGGCCAGCUAGAUUUUUGUUUGUCACAUACAAGCAAGUUUACACCUGUUUUAAUGGGAUUUAAUUAUCCACACCAAGCUAGAAAUAUACAGAUUGAAAAAUGGUAUAAAACUUUUUUGACAGUUGUUAAAGAGUUAGAAAAAGCAGAAAAGUUGGAUGAAGCAUUUAUUCUAAACCCAAUUGUUGGGCCAGAACCUAUAACAGGUUCAUCUCGAAUGAAGUCUGGCACAACUACUAGAAUUCUGUUAGAAAUUUUAUCAAUAACAGCUAUACAUCAGUUUCCUAAGUCAAGCAUUCCAACCUGUAUAUCAAUGUAUGAGUCAGUGUGUGGCAGUGUUUACAAACACACUGAGUCCUUGGCUGGUCUGAUGCAGCUGGCUGGUGACAGCCUGACAGCUAAAGGUCAUGUUUACUACCUAGGUCACAGUGGGCUGGGUCUAAUGGCCAUGAUUGAUGCCUCAGAGUGUCCACCUACAUAUGGAGCCUCUUUUCUUGACAUCAGAGGUUUUGUGACUGGUGGUUUUUUACAUUUAAACAACAAUGAUGGGGAUCUCUCUCACCUGGGCUGGCAGUAUAAAAUCUCCAUACAGGACUUUGAAAGUGAUGUCAUACCAACCCUGACCUCACAAGACUUCGUUGUUUUGCUUGGGGAAGAAGUUUUAAAAGAAAUCAGUCCAUCAGUUUUUGAUGCACCUUGCAAAAAGGCUUAUGUUUCAUUUUAUUGGGAAGAACUUCCACCAGCUGAACUAAAAAAUGUGGACCUUAAUUUGAUGGUCAACAUUAGCGUGCCAGAACUUGAAUCUAUGGUCCUGGCACCGGCCAGAGAUGUCAGCAAACAGGUGCUGGAGGAAGUGGCCUGCAAGUGGGUGGUCAACAGCUUGUCCACAGGUGCCCACAUCCUGAAAGGCAAGGUGUGUCAGAACAUGAUGAUUGAUGUCAAGGUCAGCAACAACAAACUCUUCCACAGAGCCGUUGGGAUUGUCCAGAAAUAUUCCCACCUCACCACAGAGGAGAGUCAGCAGUGUUUACUUAAGUCCAUAUAUGGGACUGACUGUCUGACAGAUGACCACACAUCUGCUUCUGUUGUCAGCCAUAUUGGAGCUGCAGCUAAUAAAGAUCUGAUUGUUCCUGUUGCCAUUUUGGUUGCUUCCCUUCACUGCACUGUAGAGGGCGCUAAGGAUUUGAUAAAAAAACAACCAAUCAUCAGAAAGUUGCUGCUGGUCGAGGGUUAAAAUUAAUCAGAAAUCUGAGAAAUAGUUUAAAAAAACUGUAGGCCCAUCUCUAGGGGGCAUAAGGUGGUGCACAGGCUAUUUGACCUUUGACUCUGUGAUUCUGUUCAGGUCGAGCAUUCUGUUGAACUAAAUUGUUAAAUGUUCAUUAGAAAGACCUGGAGGUUAAAUUAAAUUAGAUCAAUCGCAAGCUAUUUUAAAAUUAGGCCUACUUCUUUAAUGACUUACUUGAGAUGGAAUAUGGAAAAUCAUUUAAUUAUACAGGCCUACCUACUUUGGAAAUAAAAAUACUUUUUUUUGGAAUAAAUAUACAAUUUUUCUUGAAUUGUUAAGUAAAUGCAAUUGUGUAGGGCUUCAAUUAACUGAUCUUAAAAUUUAAAUGAGCCACAUUUUUACCAAACUUUUGAGUCCGCAGACUUACGCACAUAUGUCAGCAAUAACCAGAAAAAUAUUUUGGCUUAGAACAACAUAAAAGGUCUUACACACAUGGUCAAUUGCUUAUAAUCAGAGUUUCUAUGUUAUUGGUUUUGGUGUUAAUUGUAAUAUCAACUAUUUAAUAAAUGAUUACAUUUUGAUUUAAAUAACUGUGAUAGAUAUUUUGAAAGCAUUGUGAUUAAUAUUGAUUUGAUGGUGCUGUUUUUAAUUAAAUAUAUAUUUUAAUCAACUAUACACUGAUCAUUCAUGCAUAAAUAAAAAUUAAU